GCAUCACUCUCUUUCCCAUACUAUACUCAUUUGAUCAUCAUCAUCGAUCGCCUUCAAUGGCGGCUUCUUCUCCCACCAAUGCUUCCUUCCACCUUCUACUCCUCACCUCGCUUCUCCUCCUCAUCUCUGCUCCGAACCUCUCCUCCGCCGAGCCAAGGAAGCUCACUGCCCUAGUCCAGCAGCAGCCCCUCAUCCUCAAGUACCACAAUGGCCCCCUCCUCAAGGGCAACCUCACCCUCAACAUCCUCUGGUACGGCUCCUUCUCCCCCGCCCAGCGCUCCGUCAUCCUCGACUUCCUCCACUCCCUCAGCACCCCCUCGUCCCCAAGGUCGCGGGCUCCCACUGUCGCCUCGUGGUGGCGCACUACCGAGCGAUACAAGGGUGGUCCCUGCGUCCUCUCCGUCGGCAACCAAGUCCUCGACAACCGCUACUCGCUCGGGAAAUUGAUCAAGUCGCCGCAGCUCCGCGCCCUCGCCCUGAAGUCCGGAGGCGGCAGGAAGAGUAUACGUAAUGGGCAUGCGAUCAACCUGGUCCUGACGUCCGCUGACGUGGCCGUGGAGGGCUUCUGCAUGAGCCGGUGUGGGACGCACGGGUCGACGGGGAAGCGUUCCGCGUACGCGUGGGUCGGGAACCCUAUGAGCCAGUGCCCCGGCCAUUGUGCGUGGCCCUUCCACCAGCCCAUCUACGGCCCCCAGACGCCACCCCUGGUGGCGCCGAACGGCGACGUGGGAGUCGACGGGAUGGUGAUCAACCUGGCGACGGUCCUCGCGGGGGCCGUCACGAACCCGUUCAGCAACGGCUACUUCCAGGGCCCGGCUGACGCCUCGCUCGAGGCGGUCAGCGCGUGCACGGGGAUCUUCGGCAAGGGGGCGUACCCGGGGUACCCUGGCGCCGUCCUAGAGGCGAAGACGACGGGGGCGAGUUACAACGCCGUCGGGGUGAACGGAAGGAAGUUCCUGCUCCCGGCGAUGUGGGACCCGGCGACAUCCACUUGCAGCCCGCUCGUGUGAAGUAUGAAAGCUUCAGGUGGUCGCAAUCGUCUCAUAUGUAUAAUUUUUUUUUUUCGGUUGAAUCAUAUGUAUAAUUUUUGCGAGUGACGUGUAAAGUGUGACCUUUUAGUUUUUUUUUUUUUAACUGUUUUGCCCUUUUCCUUCCGAGAAAGUUUGUCCGUGAGAUUAUUUGCAAGAGGCAAUAUAUAAAUAUGUUCUAAUGUUGUAUACACAA